AUGUCUUUAGAGGUAAAAAUGCAGUUCACGCAAGACGAAAAUUAUGUGAUGUAUACGGAGAAACACAUCGUACCGUAUGCCAAAAUUGCGUCCUUACCAUUAAAAAUAUUAUUAAUAAGUUUUUAUCAAAUCUUUUCAUUGCAGCCACGCCAUAGCAACAACACCAGCAAUGACUCCGCACAUCCAGGCCUCGACAAUGGCGCCGGCAAUGAUAAUGCAGAUGGUGAUACCGCCAACGCUGCGCAUGCCGAUGGCGAACGCGUUUGGCUGGUUCAUCGUGGUGGCUUUUGCGCGGCCCUACGUCUACCCCAGUCAAGCGUGCAACGUGAAAAUCACAAAGUGACCAUUCGUCUGUUGCACAAUGGCAUCGAAAUGAUGGUCGACGAGGAUGACAUCGAGAAGCAGAACUCAACAGCGCUAGAUCUGGUCGAGGACAUUUGCGACCUGAAGCAAUUGAAUGAGGCGUCUGUGUUGCAUUGCUUGCGUCAACGUUUCGCCAGUAAUUUGAUACACACGAAGGCGGGCCCCACGCUGCUCGUUGUCAAUCCAAUGGCACCGCUAUCGCUCUACUCGGAAAAGGUUGUUUCCAUGUUUCGCGGCUGCAAGACGGAGGAUAUGCCUCCGCACAUCUACUCGCUGGCGCAGACCGCCUACAGGGCCAUGUUGGAAACGCGUCGCGAUCAAAGUCUAAUAUUCAUGGGACGUUCUGGUUCUGGCAAGACGACAAGCUUCAAGCACGCCUUAUACUAUUUGGCGUUGGCCGCCGGCUCCUAUAAUAACUUUCUCAACGCCGAGAAAGUCAACUCUAUCAACAUCAUAUUGGAAGCAUUUGGCAAUACAAAGACCUGCCUCAAUGCGAAUGCAACGCGUUUUACACAGCUGUUGAGUUUAGACUUUGAUCAAAGUGGGCAAAUCGCCUCCGCUUCGGUGCAAGUGCUGCUGCCAGAGCGACAACGAGCUGGGCGACGUCAACCCAACGAUCAUAGCUUCCACAUAAUGGGGCGUCUGCUCGCUGGCGCCGAAGGAUUGCUGCAGAAGGAGCUACAUCUGGACAACAUUUCAGCAGCGGAUAAUCAUCCCUUCGUUUCGCUCUCACAAAAAUUAGAAGAGCGUCAUCGCGCCGCUGCCGAAUUCAUGCGCACGACGCAAGCGUUGGAAACGUUAAAUAUCGAAGCGAAAGCGGUGCGUGGCAUUUGGAGCAUAUUGGCGGCUAUUUAUCAUCUAGGAUUGGCAGGCGUCACAAGGCUCAAUGCUGGACCAGCUUCACGCGUACAGUUUGCAAAUCCAUCAGCCGCACGUAGAACUGCUAGCCUACUCGGCGUUUCUAUGGAGGAUUUAACAGCUGCUGCUUUCAAUACUGCAUCAUCUGGUGGUGGUGGUGGCACAAGCCCUUCUAAAUCGCCUAAUGAUAGUGGUGAGCAGGCUUGGGAAUCACUGGAAGCACUCGCCGUCGGUCUCUAUUCCGAGGCGUUGGCUGCCGUGGUGGCACUUAUAAAUAAAGCAAUCUGCACUUCGGCGCAUACUAUAGCUUCGAUUAUGCUCGUGGACACACCGGGCUUUCAGAAUCCCGCCAGCUGUGGUUUGCAAACGGGUGCCACUCUCUCUGAUUUACGUCACAAUUACCUACAAGAGCGUUUACAGUUGCUCUUUCAUCAUACCACGUUGGUGGCGCCGCGUGACCGCUAUGCGCAGGAGCUAGUCGAAAUCGACACGGAAGGCAUGUCGGAAACAAAUCCCGGUCCGUUAGUCUCGCUCAUCGAUAAGGCGCCACAAAAUCAUGUCGUGCGUUCCUCACAACGUGAUUUGCGCGAGCAUGAUCGUCGCGGUCUGCUCUGGCUGCUCGAUGAGGAGUCCAUGUACCCCAACUGCAAUGAUGAUACAUUCCUGGAGCGCCUAUUUACGCAUUAUGGCGAUCGUGAACAUCAGAAUUUGUUGCGCAAAUGCGCCGGUCCCAAACAGUUUGUGUUGCAACAUCUGCAGGGCACCAAUCCGGUGUUGUACACUGUCGACGGUUGGGUGCGGCAUAGCCGUGAGCACCCUGCCAUCCGCAAUGCUGUAACACUGCUGCAGGAUAGCUCACGUGACGAGAUAAGUCGUCUGUAUAUUGGUUCGCUAACACGUGGCGCGGGUGGCAUUGUAUUUUGCGGCUCUAUUGCCGGCCUCGAAGGCACACAAUCGCUACGUCGCGUCUCGAGCAUACGUCGUUCGUUCACCUCUGCCGGUGUAAAACGUAAUUCCAUAAUGUUGCAAGUGAAAUUCACUGUCGAUGGCAUCAUCGAUACGCUGCGUCGCACAGGCACCCACUUCGUACACUGUUACAUGUUGAAGCACAAUGCCGGUCAACAUAGUAGCUACUCGUCGAGCGGUUCGCCAAACGCCGCAGCAUUGCAGUCGAGCUGCGAGGACAUGGUGAAUAUCCCUUUGUUACGUAGUCAGUUGCGUGGCUCGCAAGUACUCGAGGCGGCACGCUUACAUCGUUUGGGCUUCCCGGAAUCAGUUCCUUUGGUCGAGUUUGUACGUCGCUUUGGUUUACUGGCUGCCGUUGAUUCUGCCACUGCCAAGGACAUAACGGUCGAACAAAUUUUAGCCGCUAAUGAAGUGGAUACAGCUACAUACCGUAUCGGACCUAGUCAAGUAAGUGCAAAUAUUUUAUGCUUUCAUCGUGUUACAUGAGGAAACUGUUAGUGGAAAGAAUUCUUUUCGUUAGUAUAAUAUGCUGCAAACAACUAUAUAAUACCAUGCCGUAAGUUUUAUUUGUUUCGAUUUUGAUUUUAAAAUUCUUGACGAUAUAUUGGGUUGUCAAAAAAGUCUUGCGGUAUUUUCACUAGUUGGCGCUGAAAGCGCGUAGUUCUAGUUUUAUUCGUCGCUUCGGGUCAUGCUAUACCUUUUUGGAAAGCUCAUUUCACGCGCUAACACGUGUUUGAUUGAUUGUCGUUUCUUUUAAGUCGUUCGUGAGUUAUACAUAGCGUCGCAAAUAUGGAGCAAAAUAAAGAGAAAAUACGGCAUAUUUUACAGUACUACUACGAUAAAGGCAAAAAUACAUCUCAAGCCGCCAAUAAAAUUUGUGCAGUUUAUGGACCCGAUACAGUUUCCAUUUCCACCGCACAACGAUGGUUUCAACGUUUUCGUUCUGGUGUAGAGGUGGUCGAAGAUGCACCACGCUUCGGAAGGCCUGUCGUCGAAAAUUGCGAUAAAAUCGCUGAAUUGGUCGAAAGAGACCGGCAUAGUAGAAAAAAAAAAAAUAAAGAAAAAUAAAAAAAAAUAAAGAAAAAUAAAAAAAAAAUAAAAUAAAAAUAAAUAAAA